UCUUUGAUGUGUGGUAUGUUGGGGCGUGUAACACGAACAAACCUUCUGACUCUAGUGUGAGGCAUUCAAGGCUAUCGAAAAUAAUAAUCGCAAAAAAUAUCGAGACACGCAUGUAGAAUCUAUGGUACAGCCCGGUGUAAGUUUGUGCUUUUACGUCAGUUCCCUGGUGUUCAUUUCUCUUGCGAUAUUUAAUCGUCACUGUCACUUACGCUACAAUUUUGAACUACAAUGCCACGAGGAAAAUUCGUGAAUCACAAAGGUAGGAACCGACAUUUCACAAAUCCAGAGGAGUUGGAGGAGCAACGGCGCCAGGAGGAGAAGAAACAACAGUGGAGAAAAAAUAAAGGGGAGGAUAGUUCUAGUGAGGAAGAAGAUGAUGAAGAGCCUAAAACGAGUGGAGCUAAUAGGUCAAAGAAUGGUGCCACAGACAGCGAUAGUGAAUCAGAAUCAGAAUCAGACACAGAGGGAGGAAAAGCAAAAGGCGUAGAGAAUUUAAUUCAAGUAGAAAAUCCAAACAGGGUACAAAAGAAAACUAAAAAAUUGUCCCAAUUGAGUCAGUCGUUAGACGCAAAGCCAGAACUAUCUCGAAAAGAACGGGAACAACUGGAGAAACAAAGAGCCUAUGCGAAUUAUCAAAAAUUACACGCCGCUGGUAAAACGGAUGAAGCUCGUGCGGACCUAGCCCGAUUAGCUAUAAUUAAGCAGCAGCGGGAGGAAGCGGCGAAACGACGAGAAGAAGAGAAAAAGCAAAAGGAGCUGGCGCAACAGAAGAAGACCGAACUAACGCAGAAGGCGCUCGGGAAAAAGUCCUAGAAUGUUUUGAUUACUAAUUGUAUAUGAAUAAUUGAAUCACAAUAUUAAUAUAUCCGAAGAUUUGUCCCAAUUUUUAAAUCUCUGUGAAAUUAGGUAAACUGGCUCAUAUGUUUACGCAUUUUAUGAUAUGUUAAAGUGUAAUUUCAUGCAAGUGAAAAAAAAAACACUAGCGUUUACUGCUUCCCCUUCAAUUAAAUGGCUGUAUCAGCGAAGGCACGCUCAAAGUUCAACACAAUCAACCUAAUAGCUCAGAUCAGGUCUUAGUCUACAUAGAUAUAAUAAACCUUAAGCCAUAAGAAAUUAACUAAUCAUAGUCAAAUUUAAGGAGAAUAAUCGACUAUGAUUCUUAGAUUUGCCCAUGUUGUCAACUGAUCAAUAAAAUUUUUUAAUUGGUUCAAGGGGAAAAAUUUCAAACGUCAAUUGAUGUGGCAUAACAAAAGCCAGCGAAGAUGCUCCAUGAAAAGGGAAGAAGCAAUAGUCAACUUUUCAAUACUGCUGUGCAAUGAGGUGAAGGGGUAAACACUAGUUUUUUUUUGCUCGCAUAAAAUUUCAGCUUUAAUGUCAUUGUUUAUAUAAAUACAAUGAAUUAAACGCAAUCUUUAUAAGUGUUAGUUUUGUUAAUUAACCUACUGACAAAUAUUUUGAAGUUUUCAGAUAUCACGAUAUUUACAAUAAAAUAAACAGCAUGAUAAAUUCUCAAUGUAUGAUAAAUUUUAUAUAUAGACAUAUACUGUAUACUUUCCUGUAUACUUUUUAUUUUAUUGAAACAGAUAUUACUUUUAGGUGUAUCAUUAAGCAAUGAUAUAAUGCUAACUAUGUAGCAGUUAUUUGUGAUUGCUUAUCCAAGUAAAAAAUUUUUAUAAC